ACUCUUUUCAUUCGAUUGUAGCAUUGUGUAUAUUAACGCAACAAAAUGACGAAAGUCAAGUGCUCAGAUUUGCGUCUUAAGGACAAGGAAUCCCUGUUGAAACAACUCGAAGAGUUGAAACAGGAACUGGCCAAUUUGAGGGUUUCUAAAGUUACUGGAGGUACAGCAUCGAAACUUUCCCGGAUUCGUGUUGUCCGCAAAGCAAUCCUACGCUGUUAUGUCGUAAUCCAUCAGAAACAAAAGGAAGCACUACGAAAAAUCUUCAAGAACCGUAAGUACAAGCCUUUGGAUUUGAGGCCAAAACUUACCAGGGCGAAGAGGCGUGCAUUGACUAAGAAGGAACUUAGUGUUAAGACAAUGAAAGAAAUUAAGAAGAAGAACAAGUUCCCCCCUAGGAUGUACGCAGUUAAAGCAUAAGUUCUGUUAUACUGACCUUAAAUAAAAAAAAAAUAUGUUGAUAAA